AUGGCCGCAAUUGUUGAAAACUCGUCCAAUUCCUUGGACCCCAAUCACUCUGGCGGCGCUGUGGGUGACAUUCCUAACGAUGGUACAGGCGUUGUGAAGCUCGAUCCUUGGCUGGAGCCCUUCAGCGAAGCCCUCAGAAGGCGCUUUUCUAAAACUCAAGAUUGGAUCAAGACCAUCAAUGACACCGAAGGUGGUCUUGAGAAGUUCAGCAGGGGCGCUGAGAAAUUUGGCUUCAACGUCGAUGCUAAUAACAACAUUGUCUACCGUGAAUGGGCGCCCAAUGCCACUGCCGCGUUCCUGAUCGGCGAUUUUAACAAUUGGGACCGCAAUGCUCAUCCCAUGACCAAGAACGAUUUUGGCGUCUUCGAAAUUACAAUUCCUGCCAAAGAUGGACAGCCUGCCAUUCCUCACCUUUCCAAAGUCAAGAUCUCGCUCAACUUGCCCAAUGGUGAGCAUGUUGAUCGACUUCCGGCUUGGAUCAAGUACGUGACACAAGAUUUGUCUGUAUCUCCCGCAUACGAUGCCCACUUCUGGAACCCUCCAGCCUCCGAGACAUACAAGUUCAAGAACUCUCGACCCAAGAAGCCCGCAAGCGUUCGUGUGUAUGAGGCGCAUGUCGGUAUCUCCAGCCCUGACCAGCGGGUUGCGACUUACAAGGAGUUUACCAAGAACAUGCUUCCACGAAUUAAGAACCUAGGUUACAAUGUGAUUCAACUGAUGGCUGUGAUGGAACAUGCGUACUAUGCCAGCUUUGGCUAUCAAAUCAACAACUUCUUCGCAGCUAGCAGUCGAUAUGGUACUCCCGAGGACCUCAAGGAGCUCAUUGACACCGCUCACGGCCUCGGAAUUACCAUGCUUCUCGAUGUUGUCCACAGCCACGCUUCCAAGAACGUGCUCGAUGGCAUCAACGAGUUUGAUGGUACCGAUCACCAUUACUUCCAUGGUGGCGGCAAGGGCCGACACGAUCAGUGGGACAGCCGACUAUUCAACUACGGCCACCAUGAGGUGAUGCGGUUCUUGCUGAGCAACUUGCGUUUUUGGAUGGACGAGUACCAAUUCGACGGUUUCCGAUUUGAUGGAGUGACCAGCAUGCUAUAUGUUCAUCAUGGCAUGGGCACGGGCUUCUCCGGUGGCUAUCAUGAGUACUUCGGUGCAGAUGUUGACGAGGAGGCUGUUGUCUAUAUGAUGCUUGCAAACGAAAUGUUGCAUGAACUCUACCCCGAGGUCAUUACCAUUGCUGAGGAUGUCUCUGGUAUGCCAGCACUCUGCCUGCCACUUUCUCUUGGUGGCGUUGGAUUCGACUACCGCCUUGCCAUGGCCAUUCCUGAUAUGUGGAUCAAGAUUCUGAAGGAACUCAAGGAUGAUGAAUGGGAUAUUGGCAACAUCUGCCAUACACUUACCAACCGUCGACACGGCGAAAAGACUAUCGCCUAUGCUGAGAGCCACGACCAGGCUCUUGUCGGUGACAAAACACUCAUGAUGCAUCUGUGUGACGCUGAAAUGUAUACCAACAUGUCUACUCUGUCGCCCCUGACUCCUGUCAUUGAUCGUGGUAUGGCACUCCACAAGAUGAUUCGACUUGUGACACAUGGCCUUGGAGGAGAGGGAUAUCUGAACUUUGAGGGUAACGAGUUUGGUCACCCCGAGUGGCUCGACUUCCCGCGUGAGGGCAACAACAACUCAUUCUGGUAUGCUCGACGACAGCUCAACCUUACGGAUGAUCCCUUGCUCCGAUACAAGUUCCUUGAUCACUUUGACCGCUUGAUGAACCAGACUGAGGCCAAGUAUGGUUGGCUCCAUGCGCCACAGGCAUAUAUCUCAUUGAAACAUGAAGGUGACAAGGUUAUUGUGUUUGAGCGCGGUGGUCUGGUCUUUAUCUUUAACUUCCACCCAACCAACAGCUUCAGCGACUACCGUAUCGGAAUUGAUGUCGCAGGAACUUACCGUGUCGUUCUCAACACAGAUAGCAAGGAUGUUGGUGGUCACAACCGUGUCGAUGAGAACACCCGAUUCUUCACUACCCCCAUGGAAUGGAACAACAGGAAGAACUGGACUCAUAUCUAUAUUCCCUGCCGAACUGCUUUGGUUCUGGCUCUUGAGUCCACAAUUUCCCAGCAGUCCUGAGUAUGGAAGAUGAGAGAUGGAAACGGGGGCCGUGGUGAAGCUGCAAGAAGAAGCAUCUGACUAGAGUGAUUCCUUCAUUUGGCGGGGACUGUUACAAAGUGCGCCGUUAUUGGGAUGAGACCCUGGUUGACGUGUCUCAGGGUUGUUUUGUUUUGCAGAUAUACUAUAACAUCUGAAAUAAUAAAAGUCGACAGUCAAGAACAACAACUUCAAUGUCCUAAUACCUCCUUUUACCAGUCGCAAGGAGCGAGGCUGACAUGAUCAAUAGUAUUAUGGUUCUAUAGCGUUGCUACUCGUGGUGGGGUUCUGACGAUGCUCGGAUUUUUCGGCUCGGUUAUUCGGGAAUGGAUCGAAACAAAGCUCAUUAUUUAAAACAUUGAAGUAAAUUCGAUCGUAAGAUGUAUUGGUCUAGUAUUACAUAUUUCUUGGUGAUCGAAGAAAAUGGCAUCUGCAAUUGAUAACCGAGACAUUACUGUCUUGAAUGGGUAUAAGUGUUAUUUGAAGCCCGGUUACCGAAGCUAAUCUGGAUGUCGUCAGGUUGUUGAGAUUUGAACCGGGGUCGGCUAAUGGGGGGAACGGCCUGAACGGUCAAGGGGAAAGAAAAAAAAGUUGGAAUGGAACAAUUGGCAAAUCUCAGCCAAAAUUUAAAUGGACCAUCUAAAACUUGCAACAAGCAAUUGCCCGUUGUUAUUGGUUGGAACCAGGACCAUCUCGGCGUAGCUAAUAGACAG